UGUCUUAGAGUGACUAACCCCUCUGUGAUUCUUUCGAAGUGAGUUUUUCUGUGUCUCGUCUGUGAUUUUUCCCUCUGCAAGUGUCUGAGUGCCAGUUCUCUCUGCCUGGGUCUCAUUGUGAUUUCUCUGAGACUGUUUCUCAGUGUGAGCUAUGCUAUCUGGAAAUAUGUGUCUGAGAGUGAGGGAGACUUAUGUUCUGUGAUUCUGUCUGAGUGCGAGGGUGUGGGUUUUUUUCUGUGGGAUUAUCCUGCGUGUGGGAAUGUGGGUUAUGGUCCGUGCCUGUAUCCAAGAGACACCGAUAUGAAACAGGAUGAGGACAGAGACAUGACGGGGAAACACAGAUGGGGGGGGGGCUUGGUUCAGAAAUCACAGCCGGCACAAAGGGAACAAGCACACACCAACCGCAAGACAAACAGCAGGGAGAAUCCACGCCUGACGCAGACGUGCCAUUUAAGGAUCUGGUUCGUCUGGCAGAACCAGUCGAGCACACAGACCGACAGGGCGGGAGGACUAAGGAGGGGAAGGAAGACAGACGAUACUGACAGCCGUGGACUAACCCACAUCAGCAUUGGAAGAUCUGGAUUGGGCCACCAGAGAGACAUCUGUACCGCUACAGGAAGAGGCAUCACACACUGCCCUGAGUACAAAGCAUGCUUGGAGCACGAAAUAAAGACAGAAAAACUCUGUAAACAAACACUGUAGCUAGACCCCAUUCUGUAUGUGAUGUUGCCACUAGAUGCUAUAUGUAACUAUGUAGAUACAGUAGACAUUCCUACAUAGAUAUUGUAAAGAUACACUAGGCGUUAUCUGGAUGUAACAUCAAUGCAAACUGAUAAAUGGUAACGUUGUUUCACCCACAGUUCCCCCUCUCUGCUGUCUGAGCAGAGUGGGGGCAAGCCCUCUCUCACCAGACCAAUACCUGAAGUCUUGCUCUUAGUGUGCCAUUGUCAUUGUAUGUAAGAGUAUUACCAUGGCAACAACAAUGAUUGGUCAAUCACCAAAAGCACAGAAGCUGGAGACAGGAAGUGAGGUCACAGUGGUGCCCCCAGAGGUGCAGGAAGUUGGGGGAAGCCUGCAGAGAGAGGAGACGGAAGGGGAGAAAGAAAGACGUCCGGGGUCAGGAGACAGGGAGGGAGUCUUGGAGAGAGAGGGAGAGGUGCAAGCAGAGGCAGAUGGAGAGAGACAGCCGGAUCAGGUGGAUUUGGGACUGGCUGCAGUUGCACACUUGAGUAAGAAGAAAUCAGGAGAGAAGAACCAAUUUAAUACUUUGGCACACCAGAAAAAGAGAAAGCACAAGAGAAUACCAGAGUAUGCCACACAGCACAAGGGAGUGUUCAAGACCAAGAGCAGAACAACAUUACGCAGUGGGUUCUUCAGCCAGGUUCAGUAUGAAAAACCACAGUCUCCAGAGGAGCGCUCUCAGCUGGCGGUCCUUCAGAACAAGCUCAGCUCCUUCAGUAUUCAGGGCCUGCCACAGCUGCCCGGUGAGGUGAGGGAUCACUGGGAAAUUAAGGUGGGAGAUGAAACUACCAUCAAACUGGAGGAGAGCUGGACUAACAUCGUCAGCAAUCACAUGAUGAUGUCUAAGAAGGAGAGACACCAGCAGGAGGCGCUGUGGGAGCUGAUCCACACAGAACUGAGCUACAUGAAGAGACUCCGAGUCAUCACUGAUCUGGUGAUCGCCGGUCUGCUGAACCUGCAUCUGAGUGGACACCUCCUGGAGGUCAGGCCCGAGCUCCUCUUCUCUAACAUUCCUGACAUCAUUCGUUCCCACCGUGCCUUCUGGCAGGAAGUGAUGUCGCCAAUGCUGCAGGAAGUCCGGCUGACGGGAAAGCCCUUUGACCCCAUGUGGCUCCAGCACGGCUUCCUUACGUUCUCUGAAAGGUUCCAUCCCUACCUGAAGUACUGUUUGGAGGAGGAAAACAUGACCGAAUUUGCCAGGAGCCAGAUUGAGAGCAACCCUCGCUUCCACAUGUUCAUGUCUUGGGUGGAGUCCCACAGGCUUGCUGUGCGGAUGCGACUCGGAGACAUGCAGGCGAAACCACACCAGCGCAUCACCAAGUACCCCCUGCUACUACAAGCCAUCCUAAAGAGGACAGAGCAUGCUCACACUCGCCUGGCUGUCCAGCGCAUGCUGGACAGCGUCAGCUCCUUCCUGGACAGUGUUAACUGCUAUCUGCAGUCAAUGGACGAGCAGAGUAGUCUGUAUGAGACGGCGAGCAGGAUAGAGGGAUACGACUUGCUGGAAAGGAUCAGCGAGGACGUGGAGAGACAAGUCAGAGAAUUCUGCCAGAUCGAUCUGACCCGCCCAAUGAAGGGGGUGGGACCUACACACAUCCGGAAGCUCCUAUUGGAAGAGACUCUGAAAAUCAAAGAGAAGAAGGACAGCAAGGUGGAGGUUGUCGCCCUGCUCUUCUCAGAUGUUCUCCUGCUGACUAAGCGGCAAAGGAAGUCGAAUCGCCUGCGUGUGACCCGCCCCCCUCUCGCCAUUGAGCAUGCUCACUGCAGGCCACUCCGUGACACCAACUCGUUCCUGUUGUUAGAGUUGUGUGAUCUGGGCUGUGCUGUUGCUGUCUAUACAGUCUACACCCCCACUGCUGACAGCUGUGCUCGGUGGAUCUCUGCAGUUGAGUUGGCACAGCACUCUCUAGCAGAGAUGAGAAAGAGGGAGACCUUCAGGUGGCUACAGGAUCACACGGCUAAAAAACCGGACCAACAGGAAGCCCUGGUAACCCAUGGCAAUGCAGUGCAAUCCUCCGAGGACGAGAAGGAAGAGGAGAUCGAGGCAAAGAAACACAGAGGGGAGCCCACUGGCCAGUCAGAAACCGGGGAUUUUGCAUCGUCGGGCAGAAAUCAGAGUCUGGACAAUGGCGGGAGCCAAUUAAAAAAUGGGAGAACAUUCUUGCCCAGCAAAAGAGUAGAAAUGACCUCAGGGAGUCAACUGGGGUCUGAGAAAGUCUUGUCAACAGAUAUGCACACAAAAACAGGGAAUAACAGCAUUUCGUUGGAGGCAAGAAAUGUCUUGUUGCCUAAUAUGCCUUUGAGUUUAGAAUGGAGCCAGUGGGAACACAAUAGUCUACUGAUGUCAAGAGGUAUAACAAGGACAGGCAGUGAAAGAAACCUGUGGGAAGACACAGAAAUUGUGUUUCCGUAUGGAAAAGAGAGAAGAGUGACUUGGAAACACUCUGAAACAAAACAUGACUUGUCACCAUUCUCUAAGUUGAAUACGGAGGAAGCUUCAAACCAAUCAAUAGGCAAUGAUCCCUUGUUGCUAGGCAGAACUAUGGACAAUUCAGCCCUCCAAUCAGGAUCUGGGGACAACCAGUUGCUUGACAGAAUUCCAGUCACAGUGACCUCUGUUAGCCAAUCAGAAGCUAGCAAUUUCACAGGGGACACACCAGGCAGUCAAUCGGGAGAUGAAGAUCUUCGGGCACAGAGUAAAAUCACAGAGAGCUGGACAUUUUCCAGGAAGCUCGUUUCACCCCAGCUGAGGAGGAGACGACCUUUGAUUUCUCAGCGUAGACCCUCCCGUCCUACAACCCAAACGUCUGACGUGCAGCGACAUACGGCUUCCAGAAAGACUGAGUAUUUGUUUCUAAGAGCUGCGCUCGGCGUGCCUGACUCAAACUCCGAUUCCGACUCCAUGUCCCAAUGGGGAGGCAGCCCGGGGCUGUCCACAAAAAAGCCUGUCCCAAACACCCAAAGACAAAUCCUCCCUAGAAUGGAGACCUUCAGCCAAAUAGAGAAGGAAGGGACUGAAAACGAAACGGAGGUGUCUGGGAAUGGGCCUGUCAGGAUAUCCAAAGUUGUUCCUGGAGGAGAGAAAGGGGAUCCUGAUAACGGGAAUAAUCAGAUAUCCGCACCAUCCCAGCAAACGCCCUGUUUCAAGACCCAGAGGAGUGCCUCUAGCUCCGAUCUACCUGUCCAGGCAGCGCCUGGUCCUUACUUUAAUUUUUCUUGGACAUCGGACGAUGACAUCUCUUUCUCAGUCAAAGAACUCUCCAUCAGUGACCCCUUGGAUUUUGGGAGUGCAAAGCCAAAACGGACCCUUUCCCUGGAGGACAUCCUGGAACGAGCAAGAACUCGAGAGAGGGAGCGGGAAGGAGGAAAGGGAGAAGACGGGAGAGAGAGAGGGAGGAAGGAUGGCCAGCGGGAAGGGAGGGAGCCGGGAGACUGGGACCGCCCCCUCUCUGCCUCUCCUUAUCCCCCGUCCUCCCCAUCCUCCUCCCUCUCCCCCAGCGAUGGAGAGGGAGUGGACGGGGAGGAGACGGAAGGAGAGGAGCUGGUGUUUGUCCAGGGCUCCCCUCUUGGAGGAGACCAUGCAAGGGGACAUGAGAAGGAAGAGGGGAGUGAGGGGGGCAGUGUUGGAAGAGGAGGCUCGGGAGUGAGAAAAAGAGAGAGAGGGAUGAGGGCGGAGCAGCAGCAGGCGGAGAAGAGGUACGGUCGCUGUUUUCCCGAGGAGACGCAGACAGCAGAGAGAGACUCGGAUUUGCCGGUAUGUGAUGAGGCCGUCGGGAAGCUGGUUGCUGAUGGCAACAGGGGAGGAGACCAGGCCAGGAAGGGGCGGAGAAUGACGUUAAUGGAGCUACAGAGAAUCAGAAGCCUGGAUGGAUACAGCACUGAAGUAUAGCAAGACAGGAGAAGACAGGUCCUAGACCCUAAUAUACACCCUAGGGACACACCUCAAAGUCAGAGACUUGUACAGAGUCCAAUAAGGACGCUUGAGGCACAUCUAACUGAAACAGAUCCUAAAAGACCCAAUUUCCUCGCUCAGAAAUCAAGAGAGAAUGAGAGGGAGAUGAGAAAUAUAAAUUUGUAGUGUUCCUUAUUCCUUCCAAAUAUUCCUUGGACCAGGCACUGAGCUGUGAAUUGGGAUCUAUUUCUGCUAGUUAGGCUACAAACAAGGUAUUGUGGAAAAAAAGUAUUUUUCAUCAAAAUCUAUACGUGUAUAGUAUAUACAUUGUAAAUAUUAAUAUGAUGUACUUUGCUAACUGUAAUUUUAUUUGGCACGUUCUUGUGAGCCUUAGUGGAAGCUGUUGUGGAGUGGUGUUUUGUGUGAGUUCAUGCGUGUUGGCAGAGACACUGCACAGCAUGAUUGCAGAUCUAAUAUAAUAAAUGUAGUAUUAACCAUCACUGGGAGAAA